AAGAAAGGGAUAAAACUUAAUAUUCCAAACUUUAUUCAAACAGGAAGAAACAAAAAGAUGAACCUGUCAGGUCGGCAGUCUCGUGAUGUAGGACUUCUAAGUACUAGCAAACUGUACACAUUACAAGACAGGAUCUUUGCCUUUACUCCCCAGAACUUAGAUCGAGAGGACUUCUACAUUAUGAAUGACAUUGAACUUAUGGCUAACACAUUGCGUUCAGACAUAAGUUUUCUUAGAUCUAAUUGGCGUAUGCUUGGACGCCCAACUGUAUCAAUAAUUCUCCAUCGCCAUCACAUGGAAAAUGAUAAAAUUCCACUGGCAAUGAUAUCUACAAUCAAGAAAUUGAAAAGUGGAUACAUAAAUGGCACCAGGGUAUCUGUGGGAACACUUGAAGAAUUUCUCAGCACAUCCUGCAUCACCAGUUUAAGCUUUCUGGGUAAUCAAGAGGAAGGAGAUCCUGACAGUUUGCACUUCAUGGUGAAGGAAUACUUGGAGCAUGAGCUUCACAGGCCACUUAACCGACCAUCAUUCCAAAAGGGUCGCCCUAAGAGAAAGUUGAGUAUGAAUCGUUCCCGUCAUUCAGGUAUUAGUGGAAUCAUCAAACGCACUCGCUCCAUCCAAGUGGACCAGUAUGAUUCAGGCAAGUGGAGUACAACGAAUGAUAGAAAAGAUGAUCUUGCUAGACUUCAGUCUUCCUAUGACAAGCAUACUAGGUCACCACCAGUUUCUCCUGGAGCUGAAGUAAUCUCUGUACAUUCGGAAUCUUCAUAUUCAUCACCUACAGAAUCUGGAGAGCAAAGUCCCUCACCACUUCAAGGAGAGCAAGAGGAAGAUGAACAAUGGGAGUCAAUGACUCGUGUCCGCACUACAUCAGACCUUCAGUUUGAACAUGUGACUGAGGAUGAACUGCUGACUAUGCUGAAAGAGACGGAUAAUCUUGAGGAAUUAGGAGACCUUCUUCAUUAUCUCGUUGUUACAAAGGGUCUAAACUGUGACACCGGUCUUGGUCAUCCUAAUGACCAUGUAACUGUCAAGGAUCUUUUGAAGGAUCUUUAUGAAAAGGCUUGUCAUGAAAAGAAAUGGGCUCUUGUUAGACAUAUUGCUGGAAUGUUAGGCAAGAGAGUAGAAGAUCUUCCAAAGGCUGUCACUGAUUUGCUAGUAAGACAGAAACAGUUUACAGUUGGGAUGCCACCAUUCAGUGAAUAUACCAUUACUAGACCUCUUCCAUCAAAAGAACUGAGAACAGUCAUAAACAAAGCUUACAGAGAAGAUCAGAGUACAGCCAUGUUAACACAGAACUUUUGUUUUUGUUUAGGUGAUGAAGCAUCUGAACAUUUAUUGAAUUUGAGUCCAUAUGAGAUGAAGACUUUGGUUCACCAUAUUCUAAGUGGAAAAGAAUUUGUUGUUAAAAGUAUUCGAAGUGGGGUUGUUUCAGUGGCCAGCAGUAAAGCUAGCAAAAAAAGUGUUGUAGAUAAUUUUCUGGGAAGAGAAGGAUCAAAUGAAGACAUUCAUUUUGAAAGUGACCGUCAGGGCCAGUGGCUGCGGAGGCGUAGGCUAGAUGGAGCUUUGAACAGAGUUCCUCGUGGUUUUUAUCCUCGAAUUUGGUCCAUUCUUGAAAGAUGCCAAGGACUAUCAAUAGAAGGAAAAGUUUUGUCUCAGCAGUUGACUAGAGAGAUGACUCCUGGUGAGCUGAAGUUUGCACUUCAAGUUGAGCAUGUAUUGAACAGCAUUCCUCAGCCAGAGUACCGUCAACUAAUGGUUGAGGCCUUGAUGGUACUGACAUUGGUAGUAGAACAUGACUCUGUUCAAGAUUUUGGUAGCACCAUUAACAUAGAACAUUUAGUCCACAAAGCUAAUCAUAUCUUUCUGGAAGAUCAGUGUCAAGUGGAUGGAGAUGCCACCCUAUGUUGUGCUGUAGCAUCAGGACACAAGGUUGCCCCAUGUGGUGGAGCAGCAGGAAUCUGUCAACAUUUCUAUGAUAGUGCUCCAAGUGGGUGUUACGGUACCAUGACAUACAUGAUAAGGGCUGUUGCAAGUACACUGGACUGUUUGCCCCCUAAUGUCCUGGACUGUACUAUUAGUUAAAACAGAUGUUUUUAUCACCCACAGGAUAUUCAGUUGCAGUGACAUCUAUUAGUAGGAAUCAAUUUGUAUUUAUCACUUGCAGGAACCUCUGAUGUUUUAAAUUUCUAAAGUCAUUGCUCCUGAAUGUGAAAUUUGUAUAGUUUCAAAUAUUAACUAAGUCAUACUUCUUACAAAUUAUUAAUUUAGCUACUCCUACUAAGUCAAUAAGUUUAAAAUUUUAACUACUAUUGAGAAAGGGUGAUCAUAUAUCAUUGUUCUCCUCAUUUCAGGUAGUAAUGUAAAAGGUAUUUGUGAAGUGAAUUUAAACUAAGAUUAAAGAAUCUUAUUGUGGCUGGUGAAGAGUUUUUAGUCCUGCAUUAUAAAGUUGUUUUUUGUUCUAUUGUAUUUUUAGUUGUCUGUAAAAAAUCUUAGUUAAUUAACCCCGAGUCCUUAUACAUAAUCUGGUUAUAUUAAAGGUACUUCAUAAAAAAAUAUAUAUAUUGAGUGUAAAGUAUACCAAACAAAUGUUAGUCCUGCUUUUUUUUUAGGCACGUGCUGAAGUUAUAUUUUACUCCUGUUUUGAAGUACUAUAUGCUUGUUGAAAUAUAUAUUUUGACCUGUAUGAUUAGAAAGCAUAUCCUUAUUUAACAUUAGAGGAAAUGUUAACAAAAAAAUUUUUGCGCAUGUAAUAAAUUUUAGCAUCAUAUUAGGUUGUGAUUUGCUUAUCUGUGAAACUCAGUAUAAAAACAUUGCAGCAUUUGUUUCGAGAUGGCCUGCAAAUUUAUUGAAUAGGAUUCAGGUUUGUCAGGUUUUAACAGUAUGUUUUGAUGUUGUCAUUUAUAGUUAUUGCUCAUUGUGGCAAUAUAGUAUUUAUUGUAAAAAUAAAUAGUUAAAUGCAAAUGUUUUGAUUCUGUAGUUCAUAUCUCAGAUGAAGUUACAUUUUUAUUUUCUGUUUGUUCUGUUAUUUGGGUUAGCAAAAAUGUUAUAAAUAAACAAUCCUAUUGGUGUUGAUCAUUUCUGUUUUACCAACCAUGUAUUAGCAAAAGAAACAAAACCACAACUUACGAUGGAGAGAUGAGUGAUUUCUAUUAUCAAAACAAAACUAGUUUUUGCAGUAUUACGAGUGUUUAUUGGAUUUUAAUCUCAUUUUAUAUAGAAAGGUUCCCUUCAUUUUUUUUAUAACAAACUGCUUCUUAUUCAAUGUUGAAGUAAAAUUAUUAAAUAUUUGCUAAGAUUUUAUGUAGUUAUAACCCUUGUACAUUUUUCAUUUAGAGUUUACGCUGAGGAAAUGAGGAAAGCAAUCCUGAUCAGAUGCUAAAUAAUAACUAUGUUGUAGGUUAUCCUUUUUUUGUUUACAGAAUUUAAACAAAACACCCAUUCUGUAUUGUUCCUUAGAGACUAAAAUCUAAUCAACCCAUUAUAUUUAAUUCAUGUUUUGAGGAGAGGUAAGGAAAUAAAUCAUGUUAUUUAAAUUUCCCAAGUUACCUGUUCCGUUUUGUUUUUGAAUCACUAUGACUUUUCAACUUUUGCUGCUAUGAGCAUUAGGCUAUUUCUUUAAUGGAGGCAAAUUAUAAAAUGAUUAUGACAAUAGUAAUGUUAUUCAUGGAAAGGUGUGAAACCACGUAACAUUAUAGAUAAAUAUUUCUCAAGCAUGAUGAAAUGCUUACCAACCAUUUGAGCUCCAUACUGGAGAAAAUCUCUAGUGUUUUAUAAUUCACUGCUCUUUCCAUAUCAGCUGAUAGCAUCUCUUGUUUAGGUUUAAACUUAAUGAUUUAUACUUCAACAAUUUUUAAAAAAUCACAUUUCUUAAUAAUCAACUAAAAUGACUUGCAGGGUUCUUCUAUCAAUUAAAAAAAAAGUACAAAAUUGUACUAUAUAACAUAUACUUGGGUAGGCCAUUAUAUCAGUAUUCUUAAUAAUUACACUUGGACAAUUUGUUGACAUUAGUACUAGAGCCUUAAAAGCAGACAUCUUCAAUUUUAUGGUAAGCACCUAGUGCAUCGUUAUUUUGCUUUUUCCUAUUGUAUGGCAUAAUAUAGAACUAAUAAAAUAUCACUGUCUUCAUAUUAAUAACAUUCCAGUGUGUAAAAUAAGAAGCAAGCAAAUGCUCUAAUCAUAUCAGAGUUGAAAUUAUAUCCACUUCUAGUUUAAUUAUUUGCUUUUGUUUUAUUAAUUUUUUCUAGUGGUGUUGGUGUUAGUGCAAAAAAUUGCUGAGGUUGGUAAUGCAUUGUCUAAUUGGAACCAUCUAUUAUUGAUCUGUAUAUUUCCAAAAACAGUUGUGUACAUAUGUACUCAUCUAUAAUCACAGGAAAUAAAAUUUAACUGUAAAAAUACAGUGCUUUGUAAAGUUUUCAGACGUUUCUUUAAAUAUUUGUCACUAUACUUGAGGGUAGCCAUAAUUUCACAGUUAACUAAACUGCACAAAGAAUAUUUAUAAAGACACUAUAAGAGUAACAUAUGAUUAAAUACACUCAAUGUAUAUCAUAACAGACAUAAAACUAAAACCCAAAGUAAGGGAAUACAUUUAACCAUAUCUGAAAUUUACAAACUGGGCUUCAUGACGUUACUAUCCACCUCUUAAGCUGAAGUUUAGCAACAAAUCCUGUGCCAUCUCAGCAUGAGAAAGGUUUGAACAUAUAAAAAUAGAUUGGAAAGGCCCAUAUAAAUGUGUGUAUAUAUAUAGGACAAUAUACAAGAUUAUUUUUAAUUAUGAUUUAUUGUAUGUUCAGUUAUCCACCUGAUACCUGGCUGUUACAAAUAAUAAACUGAAAGGAAAUAUUAAAAGUGUUAUCCACAACUUAAAAUAAUACCCGGUAUUCUUAACAAUGGUUUAAAAAUAAUGUACAUGAGGCCUAAAUCAAAGUUUAAAAUACCCUGUUUAGCAAGUUCAGUAUUUUUGCCACACACACACACUAAACUUCUUCCACAGUGGGCAAUUAAUAGUCAAUAUACAAAAAACUGUGUGUACAAGUCUAUAUCAUAUUAACUUGGAAAUAAAAUAUAUCUGAGCAAAGACUUCCAAACUUUAUACACUGCACAAGAAAAUGAGCAUAUUUUUUAAAAACUCAACAUUACACACAUAGAUUUAAUGUUAAACAAGUUCAAAUAUCACAUAAAACUACACGUAAUAAUUUAACUCUGUUAUGAUAUCAAAGCUAACAGACAUUUUCCCCUCUAAACAAAAGGUUUGAGCAUGACUUUUUCUGUACAGCAUUUAUAGAACAUCUUCUUUACACUGAAUUUUAGAAUUAAGAACACUACAAACAAAAUUUUUUGAUUCCAAUACUUAAAACUGAAUACAAUUAAUGUAUGCAAGUUCACGUGGCAUGAAUUUAAGAGAAUCAGUCUCGAUUGUUGGUACCUAAACUCAAUACGCCAGAUUUUAUCUGUCCAUAAAAAUCAUUUUGUGGCAUCAAAGUAAUUAACUAUAAGUUUAAAGUUACCUUUGUUACAAUACAGUGUGGUUUUCAUUACAGAACAAUUAAUCUUCAUCUGCAAAUUAGAUAUCUUCUUGUAUAAUGUGUGUGGUUACUGAAUUACAUAGCUUAAAACACUAAAUACCCAUUAUCAGAAUCCUUGGGUUUUGAUGAAUAUUAAUUUUUUUAAUAAACAA